UACUGAUUGGAUUGUUCAAGCUGGCAGUAAAGUGUGAGCUGUUGUGAGCAGCCAGUCCUGCCUGUUUCCGUGCAAAACAAGAUCUACGGCUAGUUUAUAUUCAGCAGGCAGCAUGAGCUGUAUUUACUGGUAGGGCUUGUAACUAAAGACUUAAAAGUAGGGAUAUUUAUAUCUGUUUCAUAUAUAGCAGAUGAAAGGAACUGGAAAAAAAGAGAUAUACAAUAUACUGAGUGCACAUGUAAGUAAAGGAAAACCACAAAAACAAAUUCUGCAGAACAGGGGACUCUGACACAAUGGGCCUUUUGUCCCAGCUCUGCUCAUUUUUCUUUGGGUGCAAUGUCUUCACACUGGGCAUCACUUUCACCUUUUUCCUUCUGCUGCUGGAUUACACGAAGCGCAGAAAUAUUGCCAAAAAUUACCCUCCCGGUCCUCCCUCCAAGCCCUUUGUGGGGAAUCUGCUGCAGGUGAACUUUAGAAACCUCCACAUUGGCUUCAAACAGCUCACUAAACAGUAUGGGAACGUGAUGAGCCUGCAGGUCUUUUGGAAACCCGUGGUGGUGCUCAAUGGAUUUGAAGUAAUGAAGGAGGCUUUGAUACAGAAGUCAGAGGACAUAGCAGAUCGUCCUAAAAUUCACAUGUUUGAAAUCCUUGGUUUCAGUGGAAACAACAAAGCUGUGGUGUUUGCAAAUUAUGGCCAACCUUGGAAGGACCUAAGAAGAUUUACCUUGUCUACACUGAGGGAUUUGGGAAUGGGAAAAAAAUCCCUGGAGGAGAGAGUGGGAGAAGAAGCUGGGUACCUGUGCGCUGCGUUCCAGUCUCACCAAGGUUGUUCCUUUGACCCACAUGUUUUACUGAACACAGCAGUUAGUAACGUUAUCUGCUCUAUCACAUUUGGUGAACGAUUUGAAUAUGAUGAUCAGAAGUUCCAAAAGCUACUGAGUUUAAAUGAAGAAAUUGUAAAAUCAGAAUCUGGGACAAUGCCCCAGGUUUUAAGUUUAUUUCCUUGGUCAUCCAAAUUUCGGGUCCUAGCCAAGUUGUUUUUCCAACCUAGGAUACGUAUGUUUGAAUAUCUAAAAGAAAUUAUCAAUGAGCAUCAGCAAACAUGGGAUUCUGGGAACACAAGGGAUUUUAUUGAUGCCUUUAUGCUUGAGAUGAAAAAGGCAAAAGGAGUUAAAGACAGUAAUUUUAAUGAGCAGAAUCUUUUGUUAACUAUAGCUGACUUAUUUUCAGCUGGCACAGAAACUACAACCACAACCCUGAGAUGGGGCCUGCUAUUUAUGUUGCUGUAUCCAAAUGUGCAAAGAAAGGUGCAUGAGGAAAUCGACCAAGUGAUUGGAAGAACCAGGAAGCCAACAAUGGCAGAUGUGUUGCAGAUGCCUUAUACCAAUGCAGUAAUCCAUGAAAUCCAGCGUUAUGCAGAUAUAAUCCCUCUCUCUGUGCCACAUAUGACAUACAGAGACACACAUAUCCAAGGCUUUUUCAUCCCAAAAGGCGUCCUUAUUAUGACCAACCUGUCCUCUGUGCUUAAAGAUGAGAAAGUAUGGGAAAAGCCUUUUCAUUUUUAUCCGGAGCAUUUUCUUGAUAACGAUGGCAAGUUUUUGAAAAGAGAAGCAUUUAUGGCAUUCUCUGCAGGUCGCCGUGUUUGUCUAGGAGAGCAGUUGGCCAGGAUGGAACUGUUCCUCUUCUUCACGACUCUCCUGCAGCGUUUCUCCUUUCAGAUUCCUAAUGGCGAGCCCAGCCCACGGGAAGAUCCUGUGUUUGUUUACUUGCAGCUUCCACAUGAUUAUAAAAUCUGUGUAGAGGUUAGAUAGCUGCUUAUUACACGUGUGGAAAAGGUUUUAUUAUUAAAAAUGUAAUCUACAAGGUAGCAAUAGUAAUUGACCGUUUUUUAGCACAGUUCUAAAAGUUCUAAAAAACAGUUCUAAAAGCCUCAAAUUGUGGGAUUGAUCUAUGCACAUAAGCAUAAUGCAUAUAUGCCUUUUAUUAUUUAAAGGGGUGGUUCACCUUUAAGUUAAGCUGGCCAUAGAUGUAAAGAUCUUUUAGUUAUCGU